CCGCCGAUGCUUGCUCGGAGCUCCGCUUACCUGGGGGAGAAGGUGGUCAAGGAGAAAGAAUAUCUGUCAGCCAUCGAGACGUCUGGUCACCUCCGAAAGCUUAAGUAAAGAGUCAAUAGAGUAGUUAAGGGAGGAUGAGAGAUAUCCGAGAUGAAACAAGGCUGUGGGGGACCAAGAUGAAGCUGCGCUCAAUUUAGCAGGCGACAGGAUGUUGACGCAGCUCAGGUCGGUUUGGUGCCAAGCCGCGGCGGGCGGUGACGAUAGACGAGGUGAGCUCUUCCUUUUCGGUCGGCUUCUCUCCACAUCUUCGGUUUCCGACCUCUACAAUUUUUCUCCGUCUCUCACUCCUUCUUUCUUUGCACUUGGUCGAACCGCUGGCAGCUUGAUGCUUCUGGGACUCUUGGCCAUCCAUGUAAAUGGUUGCUAUGCUAUGCUCCGUUAUACUAUGAAUAUAUCUUGAGUUUCUAGAGCACCAAUGGACGGGCUAAAUAUGCCAACCUGGCAGUUUCCUGCGGAACCUUUGCACACCGAUACAACUGCACCAGAACCUGAUGAGGAUCAGAAUUUCGAAGAUACCCAGCAGGCUGGGGAGUCUGGUACUGCUCCUCCUCCCGAGUCUCCCAAGAAACAUUAUCCCGCUCGCGUGUGCCGCAUCUGCCUGGAGUCCGUUCCUCCCACAGUCCUUCCUCCAUCGGAGCAUGUGCCUGGCUUUCUCCAGCGUGAACCGCGAGUUGUCUACAGGUCUUCGGAUCCAGAGCUCGGUCGGCUCCUUCGACCCUGCAAGUGCAAAGGAUCUUCCCGUUAUGUCCACGAGGGAUGCCUACAAACUUGGCGACACGCCGACCCAAGCUAUGGUCGAAGACAUUAUUGGAAUUGCCCUACUUGUGGCUUCCAAUACCGACUCGAGCGACUCGCCUGGGCUCGCUGGGUCAGUAGCACUAUGACCCAGCUCAUGUUAACCUGCGUUGUUUUAGUUUUCACCAUUUUCGUACUUGGUUUUAUUGCUGACCCCAUCAUUAACCUCUAUGUCGACCCUAUGGAGACGAUCUAUUAUUCCGAUUAUUGGGAGGGCAAUAGCUUGUCUGACUCGGGGCCGGCAAGCUGGUUUGAGCACUUCGUCAAGGGGAUGGCAUCGUUAGGCCUGUUGUCUUUCAUCCAGGUCAUCUAUGGCUUGUCGCCCUGGCAUUGGUUCAAUGUACGAUCGAGCACCAUCACUCGUGGCCGCGGCAACACCGGGAGAAGCCGAGCAUCGUCACUUAGCUGGUUCGUAAUAGUGCUUGGUAUCGGCAGCUUUCUCUGGAGCCUGGAGCCGCAGAACAUUGGAAAAGGCAGGCGAGCGGGUGAUGGAUGUUCCUUUGCCUGAUGACGAAGGCGAUGAGGAAGAGGAAACCGAACGACCGAAAACCGAGUAACGUACGCAGAUGUUUUAUUAGCCCUGUGUCUUCGGAUUGGCGUCAUCUGAUCUAUCUGUGAACUUGCACAAACUUAAGUUGUCACGCUUUUUGCCAGUGGUGUGCCAAUUAGUCAAUGUGCAAAGAACAACACUGAUCCUCUCAACCUCGGGGUAUUCUGAGAAGUUGAUAAUGACCGGUUGGAACGUUUUGUCCCUUCCUGUUCAUCGACUUCGUCAUAUCAGAUGCUUUGAGGGAGGAUCGGACUGCAUUGACUCGAUCCAUUUUAACGUCCUGUGCGGUGGACGUGUUUGAUUGAGGCGCGGUACACCAUUUGUCAUGUAGCGAGUUUUGUAUAGUGAUCAAUAACUUGGUAUCUCUUCUCAGAUAGAUUGGCUUGUGCUUCGUAUCAAGAAAACUGAACUUCCUUGCCUUGAUUUUCCAGACCUGAAGUCGUCACGUACUUGGCGUGCUCGAGACUCGACGAAUGUCUGUACAGCCGGCAAAUCGAUUUGCGUGAUUUCUACUUCUUGAGUCUUAACGGCUCCUCUGCCUCGUGUCAAGAAGUAAAGUCGCGGGCUUCUCUUCGAAAGCUGCCAAGUUGAAACGCAGCCUCCCGUUUAGAGGAUCUAAACUAGAGUGAUAAGAUAUCGAUAUCUUUCCAAGUGUCACAUCCCCGAGCUUUUCGUUCGUGAAGCGUCAAAGUGGCAUAAUUAAGAGCUUUGACUGGCAU